UCUCACUACUCGUCUGUUGGCAAGUACGCCAAUACUCUUCUAUUUGCUAAGUACAUCAACGUUGAACUCAAUUUUUCAAUACCACGCUCUCACUACUCCUGUAUUUCGCAAGUACGCCAAUAUUUGUGUACUCGGCAAGUACAGCCGGUUUCGUCGCCUAUCGGGCCUCAGUAUUAAUUUUGCUUCUAUCAUGGACGGUAGCGUUGUCGCUGCAGCAGCGGUUGUGGUAUUGAGUGACUGCAUAAGAAGAAUUAAAGCUCAUCAAGCUCAGAAGGCAAAAAGAAAAAGAUGGUAGAUGACUUCUUUGAACAGAAGUCGAGAGAGAUAACAGAUACCAGAAACCAGAUACUAGACACCAGAUACCAGACACCAGAUACCAGAUACCAGAUACCAGAUACCAGACACCAGACACCAGAUACCAGACAUCAGAUACCAGAAACCAGAUACCAGAUACGAGAUACCAGAUACCAGAUACCAGACACCAGACACCAGAUACCAGACACCAGACACCAGAUACCAGACAUCAGAUACCAGACACCAGAAACCAGAUACCAGAUACGAGAUACCAGACACCAGACACCAGAUACCAGAUACCAAACACCAGAUACGAGAUACCAGAUACCAGCCACCAGAAACCAGAUACCAGAUAAAGAGAUAACAGAUACCAAAAUACCAGAUACCAGACACCAGAUACCAGACACCAGAUACCAGACAUCAGAUACCAGACACCAGAUACCAGAUACCAGAUGCCAGACACCAGAUACCGGAUACCAGAUACCAGACAUCAGAUACCAGACACCAGAUACCAGAUACCAGACACCGGAUACCGGAUACCAGACAUCAGAUACCAGACACCAGAAACCAGAUACCAGAUACCAGACACCAGAUACCAGAUACCAAACACCAGAUACGAGAUACCAGAUACCAGAUACCAGCCACCAGAAACCAGAUACCAGAUAA